GGCAACACAGUCACAACUGCUUUCCAUUUCUUGAGAACUUUGCAACACUGUGCCAUUGUUUUUGACUCGUUUAUAUUGCACCAACUGCAGUAACAUUUGGCGAUGUGAAUCAAUUGAGUUCAUCCACGGAUUGGGAGGCACUCUACAAAUUCUCUGUGUGUUCUUAUUACCCCUCCGUUUGUUGGAUUUAGAAGGAUAUAAAAUACUGGCCGGAAGGGGGCUCAGCACAUCAUGGAUCACUGGACAAUAUCGUUGAUAAUGGUCAGUACAUUGGCCACUUUGGCCACUACGUCUGGUGUUUAUUCCCAGCAAUCGAUGCUAAUGGAAGUGGAUAAUGCCGGGCAUCAUCAUUUCGACAUCGAUCCUUCUACGGACGAUAUGAUGGCCUGCUACUAUUGCAUUAACGUGUCCAGCAACGAGAUAUGCAACCGAUUCGCUAUUGAAACUCCUUGCCCAGUAGAUGAUUACUCCACCGAUUUGACGAUGUGUUACACGUUCCACGUGAUGGACGAACGAGGGCAGACGCUCAUCGUGACGAAACAAUGUGCCACAACGGAAACAUGUUCGUCACAAGUCGGUUGUCGUCAAGAUAAAUCAACCAACCAGACGGUAUGCGUCAGUUGCUGCGACUUGAAUUACUGCAACGAGGAAGUCGCUUUCAACGCCAGUGAUGCUGUGUUCCUACGCUCAAACGACCGGACGGCAGCAUUUUCAUCGGCGUCCAAAUUUAUCGUCAGUCGGUGGACAGUCAUUCUACAAUCACUAACUGCGACUCUUCUCUUCCUGUCGUCGUUAAACUGAUCGUAUCCUGGACAAAAUAAGCAUUUCUAUAGGACACUUUCCCUGUGUAUUUUUCAGCAGGAUUCAAAAUUCUAUAUGCAACAAUUUAGAAAAACCAAGAAUCAAACAACGUGGGAACGAAUUCGUUUUUAGAUCUAGGAAGACGUAAAGCUAACAGGGCCCUAAGGCAAUUCGUCGUGCCUUGUCGUUCGUGUUCUGCAAUUACGUCGAGCUGUUGAACCAGGAAAGUAGAACGACGGGUUUCUGUUACCAUCACGCGAUCCAAUGAAAAAAAUAAAAAAAACAGACAGGAUUUGAGAGAUGAAGGGAAAAGAAUAAAGAAGUUUGUUGGAGGCAAAGUGUUUUAUGGGUGGAGAUUUUUCCUGACCAUUUUUCACUUGAUGUCAGUUACACAACCAAUUAAGUUGAUCUAAGAUUUCGUUUACCACGCCCUUAUUGUCCCCUUGCGUCAUGUAAUUUGGGACACGGACCAUUUUUCACGUCAACUGGAACGCUGGUACUGCGAGCAUUUUGGAAUCAUUAACAAUCCUGCGAAUUCUCAAAAUGAUUGUUGACGUUUUAUUAUUUUACCUGAACGUUGUUACAAUGGGGUUAUUGUUUUCAUCAUUUGUGCGUGUACAGCACCUAAAAAAAAUUGGAUUCGCUUCAGCGUGAACGAUCGAUACGAACUCUAUUUGCCAUGGCAAUACAUAAAAAAAAGGGAAAGAAGAUGAAUCUCCAGCAUGAAGAGAGUUUCUCAUGUAUAUAACAUGUACAGUAUAAACAGUAACUGAUGAUGUAAAACAAACUCAUCGUGAUUGGUUUCCAUUCCCUUUUUUUGAUUUAUUCCAAGCCGGGAAUAGGAUUCUGCUUUUAUUCUUUUCCCCACUUUCUCUCCUGUCUAUUUGUUCAACCGUGUUGUAUACCAUAAAUGUAACACGCGAAUUGUGAUGGAGUCUCUUGUUUUAUUGACAAUCUGUACAUUACAUACAGCCCACGUAUAUACAUAGCACUGAAUUGGAA